AUGGGAAGUAAAACUAGAUACAAUGGUUUAUUUCAUCGAGAAAAUAGAUCAAGUUUGAGUAAAACAAAGUAUCCACAAUUUGAUCAAGAUAUAUAUUAUUCUUCUUUCGAUCAACAAUAUGAUGGUAACAGUUUUGGACUUUCUGGAAAUCAAAAUGAAUAUGAUAUUGAUCAUUUAAGUUCAAAAAUUAAAACUCUUAAAGAUAUAACAAUUUCUAUAGGUGAUGAAAUUCGUGAAUCAUCUGUAUUUCUGUCCUCAAUGAAUGAUAAAUUUUCUAGUACAAGAGUUAUGUUAAAUAGUAUAUUUAAAAAUAUGAACCGUAUAGCUAUGCAACAAAAUAUUGGAUGGUUUCAUUUUUUUUUGUUUAUUUUUUUUGUAUGUAUUUUGUUUUGGGGUUUUUGGUAUAUAAAGUUUUAA